AACGCCAAAAAAGAUCAACAAAAUGAAUACGAUGAGACGGAGUCAGACGACGACAUACAAAUAAUAAACAGUACUGAAACUGAGGAGGACGCAGACGACUCGAAUAACGAACACAAAAUUGAUAAGACAAUCGAGCUGCUGUCGUCAUCGGAUGAGGAAGAUGAGGAUGAGUUGAUGGAGGACGAUUUGGUGGAGUUGGAGGAGGCGGUCAUGGGCAAUAUCGAUCGCAGCUUUAAUGACUCCAUUACCGAACAGCAGGCUAUAAGUUUAAUAGAGUCUUUCAAUUCACGUCGUCGAUCAGCGUCAUCAACACCGUCCAAUUUAAACGAAACACCAAAUAAUGAUAAAUUAAAUAAUAAUGGUGAUAAUAUUAAAUAUACCAACAACAAUAAUAAUGAUGAUAACCAUUUCACUCCAAAACCGCAAUCGCGCUCUGAAUUAUCGCUAACCGAAGCUACAUUAGAGGAUACGCCUUCAACCAUUCGAGAGAGAACCCUGGCGGCACUGGCAAAUUAUCGUGAAGAGGCGCGAUUGAGGGCAAAACUGAAAAGCGAUGAGGAGUUGGGUUUACACAGUAAAGUAACAGAUCGCCAUUCGGUACCACUGCAGAGUGAAUCGUCUCCGGCGAAGAAGAAUAAAUUAAAAUAUCAAUUAUCUCUAAAUGAACAUUUAACUGGCAGACUGCCAAAUUAUAUUAAUAAUAAUAUUAAUAAAUAUAACGAUAAUAAAUGUGAUGAAAAAGUGGAAAAGGAGACGGAGACUCCAUCGAAUGCAAAGAGUAGCUCUAAUCAACCAGGUCGAGGUCUACUAUCGUGCCUAUUCUCACCGGAUAAGGAACGCCUCCAAAAGCGGUUGGCGGAUCGAAAGAAACUGAAAAAUUCUGAUGGCGAUUCACCUGAAACCAUUACGUCUUCGAUGAACGAAUUACAAUCGGCCAACAUUGAAAGCAAUAAAGAGACUAAUAUUCUGGAUAAGGCAUCGAAUAUGAAGAAAUUAAAAAACCGUAAAUCGGCUCAAGCAAAUGAUGAUAUCGCAUCCAAAGGUUAUUACUUAUUUAUUUAUUAUAUUGUUAUGUCAACAGCGAUGACUUAA